CAAAACCACCCGACCACAUAAAAACCAAAAGAUUUAUCCGUUUCUAAGUAAUUUCGAUUUCCAUUAUUCCCUCUUCGCUCUAGUUUCUACUCGUCCUCCCCGUUUCUCCAUCCCCCUCUCUAAUGAUUCUUCUUCUCCCGCCGCCUGCCUCUCUCUUUCCCGCCAAAUGCAAACCCGGGGCCUUCCUCAAACCGGCCCGUCCCCUACCUUCCUCUCGACCCCGCGCUCCCCGGCGGCGGGAGAGCCCACCACCGCCUGCCGCUGCGGACGCUGUCUCUGGGGUCGACGAAGACGCCUUCACCAAGUACACCGGCUAUCUCUUCAAAGACGGCGAUUCCUCGGCGGCGGAGUUCCUGAAUGAGUAUAAUAUCCGGGCUAUUUCGGCGAUUUAUCGCCGGAAACCCGUCUUGGUCCUCCGCCGGUCUCUCCAAAUAGGUGCCACCUUUGGCCGGUGGUUUGCACUCCGUUACCUCGAUAGCAUCUCCGAUCGGUCCGAUGAGAUGUUCAAGGUUAGAGCUGCGGAGCUUCGGAUGAUACUACUGGAGCUCGGUCCGGUACGUCUCUUGGCAUUUGUGAAAAUUGCUCAGGCUGUGUCAUCAAGAGCGGAUGUGAUUCCACCUGCAUAUCUGGAGGAGCUUUCAUUGCUGCAAGAUCGUAUAACACCCUUCUCAACUGAGAUUGCUUUCAGCAUGAUAGAAAAAGAGCUUGGACUACCAAUAGACAUUCUUUUCUCGGAGAUUUCACCAGAGCCAGUUGCUGCAGCAUCUCUUGGGCAGGUUUAUCAGGCCAGGCUUCGCUCUAGUGGGAAAGUUGUUGCUGUCAAAGUGCAGAGGCCUGGAGUUCGAGCAGCGAUUUCUUUGGAUAUCUUUAUCCUGCGGUUUAUUGUAGGGCUGGUAAGGAGAGCAGCCAAGCUGAACACUGAUCUUCAGGCUGUAAUUGAUGAAUGGGCAUCAAGCCUGUUUCGGGUACAUACAUAUCUCUGUAAAUCACAUUUAAUGCAGGAGGUGGAUUACAGGGCUGAAGCAAGGAAUGGACUCAAGUUCAGGGAGCUGUAUGGGAGACUACGUGACGUUUUUGUGCCAGAGAUGUUUAUGGAACAAACCAGUCGUCGAGUUCUUGUCAUGGAAUGGGUGGAGGGGCAAAAAUUAACUGAAGUCAAAGAUCUUUAUCUGGUUGAGGUAGGAGUAUAUUGCUCACUUUCGCAGCUUUUAGAACAUGGAUUUUAUCACGCAGAUCCCCAUCCAGGAAAUCUUCUGCGGACAUCUGAUGGGAAACUAGCAUACUUAGAUUUUGGAAUGAUGGGUGAAUUUAAGAAAGAAUUUCGAGAUGGAUUUAUUGAAGCUUGUCUUCACCUUGUUAAUCGUGAUUUUGAUGCUUUGGCAAAGGACUUUGUAACUCUCGGACUCCUUCCUCCGACUGCACAAAAGGAUGAAGUUACCAUGGCAUUGACAGUCUCAUAUUUGUUUGCAGGUGUUUUCCAAAAUGCUGUCAACAAAGGAGUUCGCAAUAUAAGUUUUGGAGAUUUGUCAGGAAAUCUUGGACGCACAAUGUACAAAUUUAAAUUUCAGAUACCCUCCUACUUCUCUCUUGUAAUUCGAAGUCUUGCUGUUCUGGAGGGUAUUGCUAUUAGUUUGAAUCCAAAUUACAAAGUUUUGAGUAGUUCAUACCCAUGGAUUGCCAGAAAAGUUCUCACCGACAGCUCACCCCAGCUUCAGUCUACUUUGCAGGCACUCCUUUAUAAGGAAGGUGUUUUCCGGAUUGAUCGCCUAGAGUCUCUAUUAACUGAGUCGCUUCGUGCAAGAACUGAGCAGUCAAUGGUUAGAAAGGAUGUAGAGAAAACUGAUCCUACAACAGCAAUCCAGCAAGUGCUUUCUUUCACUUUGUCUGAAAAGGGUGCAUUUGUGAGGGAAAUAUUGAUGCAAGAGUUCGCAAAAGGAAUAGAUGCACUUGGUUUAGCUACCAUGGACUCUGUCACAUCUGCUGUUGCUUCAAGGUUGCCGUUUGCCUUUCCGUACUCGGCAUUAUCAUCAGUCACUGAUGAAGAUAUUGCUAAUUUGAGAACUUUCCGUCGCCUUCUCCUGCUGCUAUCCAGGCUUCAGAAGGAUGAGAAUACAAAUACAGAAAUAAAAUAUGCUAAUGCUGAAGUGAACAAAAAUGCCUAUAUGGAGGAGGUCUCUCUUGCUAUAUAUCAAUUGACAUCUGUGCAAGAAUUUUGGCCUAUUCUUUUGGUCAUUCCUGAGCUUCCACCAGAAACCCAACAGCAAGUAGUUCGUCUACCAGUCGAUUUAGCUGGGAGGGUGUUAGCUCGUGCAGCUGCAAGAACUAUAAGAAGGAUUUUCACAUAAAGAUAAGCAUUUCAUUAACAACCAUUAUUUGUUGCUUCGAUGUCACUAGGUUGUAUUGUUGCCCUCAUUGAUGGUGGAGGCAACUUCAAUAGCUCUCAUAUUCAUUGAAGCGGUAUUCGGUAAUUCGUUUGUCCAUCAGAUUGUAUCUUUUGAGGAUCAGUGCAAUUGCAGGGACAAAUGGCUAGUGGAGUGCCAUCUUUCUUCUCCAAAUUUUUCUAGAUGUCAACAUUAAUGGGCAAAACAGUCUUCAUGCAUAUCGAGUCAAUUGGCUGCAUGAUGUUUUUGAAGGAGAAUGUAUAAUAAUGAUUUUGUUUUUUCAGUUUACACCAUUCAGAAAUAUUAAUGUUCCCCAUUAUAACACAAAUGACAGGCAUUAUUUGUCCAGUUAGCCCAACACCUUGUUCCCUUCCCUUAGAAAUUUAUAUCCCAAUAUUAAGUUUAGUUGGAAUAAAAUUUUAACCAGCAAAAUGGCUGUUAUUAGCUGUCAUAGCAUCGAAUAAAAGAGUUAUAUGCUUAAUUGUU